AGCCCCGCCCAUGCAGAGCUGAGCGCCUGGACGGAACUGGGCUCGCUCUCCUGUUGGGAAUGUGAGGCUCUCGGUCCGGGUCGUGCUCUGUGUUCGUCCGGAUCUUCCGUGGCCGCCGCUGCCGCCGCUACCGCCCGGACCGUCGGCCCUCAGGCCGCGGGCUCACGCGGAGGCCGGGCAGCCGGGUCCGAGAGGCGCGCGCCUGCCCGCCCGCGUGGUCGCCGCCCCUCGGAAGCCUCCGGAGCCUCACACGGGUUCGCUACGGAGGGAGGCGGAGGCCUGCGGGAGGAGGCGGAGGAGGAGCGAGGGAAGAUGGCGGCCGUGGAGCUCGAGUGGAUCCCGGAGACGCUCUACAACACCGCCAUCUCCGCUGUCGUGGACAACUACAUCCGCUCGCGCCGCGACAUCCGCUCCUUGCCGGAGAAUAUCCAGUUCGACGUUUACUACAAGCUUUACCAACAGGGACGCUUAUGUCAACUCGGCAGUGAAUUCUGUGAAUUGGAAGUUUUUGCUAAAGUUUUGAGAGCUUUGGAUAAAAGACAUUUGCUCCACCACUGUUUUCAGGCUCUGAUGGACCAUGGUGUUAAGGUAGCUUCAGUCUUGGCCUACUCCUUCAGUAGACGGUGCUCCUACAUAGCAGAGUCAGAUGCUGCAGUAAAGGAGAAGGCCAUCCAGGUUGGCUUUGUCUUAGGUGGCUUUCUUUCUGAUGCAGGCUGGUACAGUGAUGCUGAAAAGGUUUUUCUGUCCUGCCUUCAAUUGUGUACGCUCCAUGAUGAGAUGCUCCACUGGUUUCGAGCAGUGGAGUGUUGUGUGAGGUUGCUUCAUGUGCGAAAUGGAAAUUGUAAAUAUCAUCUAGGUGAAGAAACAUUUAAAUUAGCUCAGACGUACAUGGAUAAGCUGUCUAAACAUGGCCAGCAAGCAAAUAGAGCUGCUCUCUACGGAGAACUAUGUGCACUCCUGUUUGCAAAAAGCCACUAUGAUGAGGCAUACAAGUGGUGCGUUGAGGCAAUGAAGGAAAUUACAGCAGGUUUACCAGUCAAAGUUGUGGUGGAUGUUUUAAGACAAGCUUCUAAGGCUUGUGUAGUCAAACGUGAAUUUAAGAAGGCAGAACAGUUAAUUAAACAUGCAGUGUAUUUGGCACGAGAUCAUUUCGGAUCCAAACACCCAAAAUACUCUGACACACUGCUAGAUUAUGGGUUCUACUUACUCAAUGUAGACAAUAUCUGUCAGUCUGUUGCAAUUUACCAGGCAGCCCUCGACAUUCGACAGUCAGUGUUUGGUGGCAAAAAUAUUCAUGUAGCAACAGCUCAUGAAGACCUGGCUUACUCUUCCUACGUUCACCAGUACAGCUCUGGAAAAUUUGACAAUGCACUAUUUCAUGCAGAAAGAGCCAUUGGUAUCAUUACUCACAUCCUACCUGAAGAUCAUCUUCUUUUGGCUUCUUCAAAGAGGGUGAAAGCACUUAUUCUAGAGGAGAUUGCGAUCGACUGUCACAACAAGGAGACUGAACAGCGGCUGCUUCAGGAGGCACAUGACUUGCACUUGUCCUCGCUGCAGCUGGCUAAGAAAGCAUUUGGGGAAUUUAAUGUACAGACCGCAAAGCACUAUGGGAACCUCGGAAGGCUUUAUCAGUCAAUGAGAAAAUUUAAGGAAGCUGAAGAAAUGCACAUAAAAGCAAUUCAGAUUAAGGAGCAGCUCCUUGGUCAAGAAGAUUAUGAAGUGGCCCUUUCAGUGGGACACCUGGCAUCUCUGUAUAAUUAUGACAUGAAUCAGUAUGAAAAUGCUGAGAAACUGUACCUGCGGUCGAUAGCGAUCGGGAAGAAACUGUUUGGUGAAGGCUACAGUGGACUAGAAUAUGAUUACCGGGGCCUCAUUAAACUUUACAACUCCAUUGGGAAUUAUGAGAAAGUGUUCGAGUAUCACAACGUUCUGUCUAACUGGAACCGGUUGCGAGAUCGACAGUAUUCAGUGACCGAUGCCCUUGAAGACGUCAGCAGCAGCCCCCAGUCCACUGAAGAAGUGGUGCAGUCCUUCCUGAUGGCCCAGAAUGUUGAGGGACCAAGCUGCUGAGGAACAGCCUCAGCUAACAAUGACCUUUCCCAGAUUCCGGGGAAUUCAUACUGUGAAAUCAAACCAUGUUGUUUUUAGGGCUGGCAUUUGCAUUGAAACACUGGUCCAGUCCAUCCAAGACCCUGUUUCGGGUAGUCCUGUAUUGCAGUCCCUGUAGAAUAAGCAUAUAUUGAGUUCUAUCAGCAUGUGCCGCGUGUAUAAGUAGUCCCACAUUCUCACCCCAGUAGAACAACAGGAAACCGUUUUUUUUUUUCUUUUUAAAAAAUAAUUCGUUUUUCAGAAAGUCUGAAAGAAAAAAAAAAGAACCCCUAAAUAAAACUAUUUAAGAGUUUAAAAGAGUUGCAUUCUUAUUAUGUAAGGAUGAUUUCAAAAACUUUUUAACAUUAAUUCUUCCAUGUGGAGGUAUUCAAUACUGUAUUGUAAGGAAAUCUUAUGGAAAACUCUUUAUAUGCAGUAUAGAAAAGUAACAUAGGUACUAGUAAGAGGGGAGGGGCACCCUGACAUAGAUUUGGCCGUCUUUUCCUAAUCAGGGCAUAUAGCCAUUCCAGAACUGUGUUUCAGUGACAGACUGUCAGAUUCAUCUGACUGGACCAAUGUUGAUCUGUCGGUCUCAGCACACCACAUAGACCAGCAGUUCUAACUCUGUUUUUGGUACCAUGGUGAGAUGCUCUAAAGUGUUUGCUGACAGGACCAGAAGGACCUAAAAGGACCAGGCAGCUGUGGACGGUGUUACUUGGACCAGAGGCUUUCAGUUGUGGCUUUAGUGACUGCACUUGCCUUUCCAGUAGAAUGGGUUCGUUUAGGUAGAAUGAAGAGUACUAAUGCAAGAGCUUCAUUUGCAUCAUAGAUACCAAACUAUGGGAUGUGUGGCAAAUCUUUAGUCCUGGUACAUGGAUGGCAAUGUCAUAAGCACACCAAUGUCUAACCAUCUCUGUAGCCACCCCCAUUUAACCUUUGCCCUGAUUCUCCAUGUAGUUAACAAACAUACUGGCUAAGAGUCAUGGAAUCAGUCGUGUUCAGAUGAGAGUUUUAGAUUUACUGUAUGGUGUGUGGGGAUUGAAAAGAUAAAUGCACACAAAAGAAAGUCUUAGAGAAUUCAUUAUUGUUGAAAAUCAUAGUACAACUAGUCAUUUUAACUGAAAUCUAGAACUCCAAUGGAAAGAUCCUUCAGUUGCAAUGUCUGUUUCACUGAUUGGGGCUUCGAUUUUUCGACGUUUUUCAAGCUAGCCAGAUUACUUAUUGUGGAGCUAAUGCUCAUUUCCUAAGUUGUGACAUGUAACAAAAGAAAAAGACUUUUUGCUGUUACCUCAAUUCUUAGCACAGUGGCCCCUCUGGUCUGGCACCUCUGUAGUUAAGAAUCUGGGUUUCUCCCCUAUUUUCAGGGGCUCUGACUUGGCUGUUAGAUACACUGCUCCUGGCAGUGCUUGGAGGCGUGAGUGAGUGGGUGUGUGUCAGAUUCUCUUCUGUUAGCAUGCUUGUAUGUCAGGUGAGGGGAAACAAAGCUAUCGUGGAGAGUACAGAAACAUUAAUUAAGAUUUAUCUCAAAUUUUUAUUUUAACGUCCCAAUUUUUUUCCCCCCAAGGCAGGGUUUCUCUGUGUAGCCCUGGCUGUCCUGGAACUCACUCUGUAGACCAGGCUGGCCUCGAACUCAGAAAUCCGCCUGUCUCUGCCUCCUAAGUGCUGGGAUUAAAGGCGUGUGCCACCACACCCAGCUAACUUCCCAAUGUUUAACUUGGUUUGAAACUGCUCUUUGCAGAGUUAGUGGUAAGGCAGUGUGGUGAGGCCUUUAGAAGGGACCUUCGUGGAGAUGCACCCCACAGGUGAGGCAGGCUCUCUGUCAUCCUGACAACCACUUGAACUUACUCCUCCAACUGAAUUUCCUUUAAGAUUCUUCAAAGAACUCAGUUUGCCAGCUGGCUCCCCCCCCACCCCCCCUUCAUUACUGUCUUGAGUCACCAUUACCACCUGGUCUGUAUGACCAAGGAGUAGCAUCCGGUUACUCAGCUGGAGCCCCACAAGCCUAUAAAGUUAAUCCCUCCAAAGACAGUUUCAGGAGAGGCUUUUUGUAUACUUUUAUUGGAUAUUUAGAGUCCUGUGGUAUGUUUGUGGUAUAGGAAUGACAUGGUAAAUUGUUUUUUCAAUAAAUGUUUUAAAACAAGUUUCCACAUGAAUUAUUUGUAUUUAAUCUUCAUUUUUGGUAGUGUGCACAUACAGCAUUUUGUAUAAUCAGAUAACUUACGGGCUCAUCUUUCUUAGCUCAGUUCAAACUUAACUCAUACUCAGUGAUAAAGUAACAUGGUCUUAGAAGCCUUGAUUACAGGGAGAUAAUGUCGGGUGGCCACCAGCCCCCACCGCCAGCCACAGCAUCGUCAGCUGCUCCAUCUGACCAUUCCUUAAUAUUUUCUGUAAGUUACUAAAGGUUAAUGCCUACACUCUAGCACUCUGUCUUCUUAGCGAGAUGACUAUAUGUUCUGAUUCUAGUGAAAAUAGUGCCCUGAUCAUAUCAAGGGUGGGAUUCAUCCCUCAGCCAGGGUGAUGAGGUAAGAGGAAUGCCACCGUAAUUUUAUUUUAAACAUUAUUAAAGCAGGGUCUGGCACAUAUCUAUAAUGUCAGUAUUCAGGAGACUGAGUGAGGUAAGAGGCUUGGGUUCCAGGCAGCCUGGGCUGCAAAGGGAGAUUGUCUCCAAACUCUCCAAGGAAAAGCUGAAUAAAAUUUACCUCAGAAUAAUCAGUGGCUUGCAUGUAAUUUUAAAUAAGGGCCUCUGCUCUCAACCUCCCCUGGAUUCUCCUGUUCCUAAAGUCUGGUGCUAUUCCAUUUUGGGCAUGAGGAGCCUGCGCAUGUGACCCUGGGGAGUCACUUACAUCGGUGUAAUAGUGCCAACUGAGUAAAAGCUCAGUGCACAAUGUUUACGGGUCCUCAAACUAGGCUUUGCCCCGAGGAUUUAAACCCUUUCCCCAUUGAUGUACAUUCUUUUUUUAUAAACAGCUCACCAGCACCCUGCCCGGGUAUUGCUGCCCGUGAGAAUCAAUGAUUUGAAUGGAGCCCUUUGUCCUAGACUAUGGGAAUGUCUUGUGAGCAUUCAGUACAAGAAACUGCACGUGCUGGCACAAGUUCAACCCCAACUCCAUGGGAAGCUGAGACAGGAGAAUCGCUUUCGAUCCCCCAGGACACCCUAGUAGUAAGACCCCGUCUCAAGAAAUGCAGUAGUGCACCAGCUGCCAGCUGGAAGUCUGCACAGCUGUUGAACUUCUUUGUAGUUAUAGGCGAAACGUGAUGCAAGCUUUGGCCAAAACUUUGCAAAUUCAAAGAAUGGUUUGCUAAGUUACAGGCAUCUUUUUUCUUAAUUAUAUGUAUGUUUUCCCCUAGGGUUUUUAGCCUUGCUGCUUCCAGUCUUCUUUUUCUGGAUGGCAAAGUUACUACUGGAAAAAAAUUAUUUAUAAUUACUGAAUUUUAAGAGUUUUAUUUUGUUUUAAAAAUUAACACUUUUCACCUCUUGGCUUUAGAGGACUUAAGAUUAGCUGGAAAAAAAAAAAAAGAUUUAAGUAGAGCAUUUGGAUUAGUGUACAGAUCUUAACACUAGUAUUUCUUUUGUCCCCAAAUCUCAGGAAUGUUUUAGGCAGAAAACUGGCUUUUCCCCUGAUGGUGAUUUGAAGGAGAGUGCUUUAGGAUUAAUUAAAUAACACUAUUGUUAAUUGCAGUUCUAGGUAUCUAUAGCAUGAGUGGCCUUAAUGAGUUUGUUGAAGUGCACAUGUUUUUCAGAAGUAAAAUUUAAGAUUAAAUAUAUAUGCUAUAUAUAUAGAUAUCUAGGAAACUUGGUUGUGGUGCACAAAGUGUUGAAUCACUGAAUCGCAGGUACCAUUUGUAUAACAUCACUUGUUUCUGUAAAUUCCUUUUAUGGGACAAUAUGUUGCCAUGGUGACUAAAAACUUUUCAAUUUAGUUUUACUUUUAUGUGAAUGAAUGCUACAUUUUAUUAAAUAUUACCAGGUCAGUACUAUUUUUAUACCUUAUUAAGUAACGGGUUUUAGUUUAAUAGGCUCAAAAUAAAAAGAAAACCCCUUAAUGGAAUGAUUACAGAUGAAUCACUAACAUUCUUUACAGGAAAAUCCCCACUACUAGUGCCACAGUAGUUUCUAUAGUAAUAUCUCUGGUCAUUAAUAAAUUCUGAAGACAGCUCAUUGAGUCUGAACGGCCUUUCAUAUCAUUCUCACUUGUAGUGCCCACUGUUAUUUGUAAUUAUUAAACCACACUAAGUAUGUUUGUAACCAGCAUUGUGAUAUAUUCUGUACUUGUAUUGCUAAAUGAAUUAUUGACCUAAUAAAUAGUGUUCCUGCAUUCGUAGUGUA